GGGGCGGGCGGCCGGGGAGCUGUCCGCCGGGAAGCGGGAGCCGCACUCCGGCCGGUCGGCGUCGCGGGAUGGCGGGAGGGCGGCAGCGGCAGCGGCGGGCCAAGCGGCGGCAGAAACGGUUGCAGAGAGGGGCCUCGCGGAGGCCGCCUGACGACGGAGAACGCGUGUGGUUCAAGGGAAAAGAGAAGGUGUGGUGUUUGAACUGUGAUGAGACACACGUACUCGUUUGCUCCUGUGAUGGGAAGCUUUAUGAAUGCUGGACCACGGCUCCAGGCAAAACCUCUAAGCUAAGGCUGGUGAAAGAACUGGAAAACAACGAUAUUGUUCAAAUAGCCUGUGGAGACCAUCACUCCAUGGCGCUGUCCAGAGGAGGCAGUCUCUUUACCUGGGGCCAGAAUACCCAUGGACAGCUUGGAGUGGGGAGCCAAGACCCGCUCAUCUCCAAACCGCAGCUGGUGAAAGGCCUAAAGGGCAUCCCACUUGCUCAAAUUGCUGCUGGAGGAGCUCACAGCGUUGUUGUGUCACUCUCUGGAGCUGUAUACUCCUGGGGAAAGAAUGAUUUUGGACAGCUGGGACUUGGACAUACAGAAGACAGGGACUGCCCAUCAUACGUUGAAGCAUUAGAACACUGGAAGGCUGUAUUUAUCUCAUGUGGGGAAGACCACACUGCAGUUCUCUCCAAGAAUGGCUUGGUGUUCACCUUUGGAGCAGGAGGGGCUGGCCAGCUUGGUCACAACUCCACCCGGAAUGAAUUUAGACCUCGCAUGGUGGCUGAACUGUGGGGAGCAAGAGUUUCACUGGUUGCCUGUGGAAGGCAGCACACCCUGGUCUAUGUCCCAUCUUUGGACAAAGUCUAUUCAUUUGGUUCUUAUGAAGGACAGCUGGGAAGUGAGAGAAAAGCUAAUCAGUUGAUACCACUGCCCAUCAAUUCACCAGUGGAUAAUGGGAAAUAUUGUCAGGAAAACACAUCACAAAAUGUGAUUGAAACUACUGCAGAAGGAAGGGAAAAUAUCGUUGACCUUCUCUUUAAGAAAAGGAAUUCCUACCCUGUGAAUGGAAUUGCCACUCUGGAGAGGAAAGAAGUGAAUGCAUGGGUUUCUAAUUCCUGUUCAGAACAUUGGAAGAUUAUAAAAAAGAAUAUCGGACUGAUCUUCUCAUCUGAGGCUUGCAUCAAUGGAAGUUUCUUGGAUAAAAGGGGCAAACAUUUCAAAACUUCCCAGGAAAUCUCAGGUGUAGACAUGGCAGAAGUGCUAAGCUUUUGUAAGAAGAUCAGCAAGAAUGUAGAAGUCUACCAGGAGGUGCACGAGGAGAUACAUAAUUUACUGCCAUCAUUGUCUUCUUCUCCUGUUUCACCUGAAAAUUUCAGAGUCUACUUGAUCUUGCCUUUCCUUCUGCAGCAAAAGGAUGUCAGAUCUUACAGUACCCUCAAGCUGCUAGCAGAAGCUAUCCUGAGGCUCCAGCAGAAGGACCUGCAAACUCUUGAAUGCCUGUGGUCAAAUCUAGAAAAAGUCUUUUUCAAGAAGCUGGUUUUUCUAUUUAAGAUGGCUUCCCUGUACUCUCUGAUGGAACGUCUCAUGUGCAAUUUCUCUGUGCAACACCCACAAGAAAUAGAGGCUCUGCAAAUACUGCAGAUUCUUUACCAGGUGAACUCCAGAGCUGGUUUCAGGCUACAAGACAACCAUUUCUAUAUACCUGAAAUGGGAGACCUUGUCCUUCGUUUUUGCACCAGUGGCAGAGAUCUGACAGUGCUGAUUAAAUAUCCCUGCAUUUUUGACAUGGAGGCCAAGCUGCUGAUUCAUUCUUCAGAAUGCAACAGACUGUUUUUCAGCAUUCCUCCAGGGUUACCAUACAUGUUCCAGAAACAGUGGACGUUUCCUGUCAGGAGAGAAUACCUUCUGCAUGACAUACGGGAUCAUUUACGAAACGCGACGAACAGCCAAUUCAGGCAUUUCUUAGACGUGUACUUCGAAGGCGAAGAAGGGGAAGGAGUCGGGCUGUGCCGGGAGCUCUUCGCCGUCGCCGCCAAGGAACUCUGCGAUCCCCAGAGCGAUGUCUUCCGCCACUUCCCCUCCACGCUGAUCUGGUUCCCCACGCAGGUGUCAAGCCACGAUGACACGUUUCUCCUGGUUGGCACCUUCUUCGGAAUGGCCUUGUAUAACCGUUGCCAGACUCCCUUCCCCUUCCCCAGGGCUCUCUUCAAGAAGAUGCGGGAUGUCGAGCCGACCCUGGAGGACCUGGAGGAGCUGAUGCCAGCAGUCGGCAGGAAUCUUAAGAACAUUUUGAAGGAAGAAUCUGAGCAUAAGCUUGAAAGCCUACACAUGACCUUUGUGCAAAUGGAAGAAGGAGGUUCUGUGGUUGAGCUUAAAAAAAACGGUGCCAACAUUCUUGUCACAAAGCAUAACAGGAAGGAAUUUGUUGACUUGUAUGUGAAUUACACAUUGAAUGAAUCAGUACGGAAGCCAUUUGAAGACUUUAUGCGAGGUUUUUUAAGAGGCUGCCCAGUGGAAAGCUGGAAGAUAUUUCUCCCUGAUGAGCUCCAGGUUGUUCUCAUGGGACCCACAAAUUAUGACUGGCAUCUGCUAAAGAAGAAUGUGAAGUAUGUGUACUAUGAAGCGUCACAUCAAACCAUCAAGAAUUUUUGGACUGUGUUUUACAAGCUCCCAGAAGAAAAAAAGAAAAAGUUUCUUGCGUUUUUAACAGGAUCUGAUCGAGUCAUUCCCAAAGGACUUCAUUUUGUACUUUCUAUUGAAGACCCUCUGUGUGAAAAUCCAGAUAAUUCAUAUCCUUUUGCCCGUACCUGCAGCUGCACUCUCUUCCUCCCCAGGUACAGCAGUAAAGAAAUACUUGAGGAAAAAUUACUCUCUGUCAUAGAGUAUAGUGAAGGUUUUGGCUUGCGGUAGCUCUUGGUCAGGAGCACGUUAAAGCACAAACAAGAAAACAAGUGGUUGUCUCACUUGUAAUGUUUUUCCUGAUUUAUUCUGGUGUAGUGAUUUCUAUUCUGCCUUAUUUUUACUGCACUUUAUAAAAACUCUUCAGUGGGUGUAUUCAACUGAGAAUGUUUACUGAUUAAAAGUCCUUGCGAGAGGCAACUUGGUAACCAAUUAUAUUUACAGAGAUGCUCAUCCUGCACUUUAGUAGUCUUAUUUAAUUGAUGAGCUUUCAACAGUAAGGCUUCUGUUAUUUGUAUGUUACCAAACACACAGCCAGCACAUGCUAAGCAGCAAUCAUUGCAGGAGGGAGCUAGGGUAACAUUUUGAUCUGUAUUAGUUAAGGAUUCUUUUGGAGAAUAACCCACUCUAAGGAGCCAUGUUCCUUCAGACUGUGAAUUGAGGAGCAGCCCGUACUUGCCUGAAUACUGCCUUUGAGUUAUCUGAGAGAAGUUCCAAGGAUGAGGACUUGAUCGUUCCUAGAGUUUCUCAAGACAAUUCUCUAUUUGUAAGGCAUUAAUGGAUGUUUUAUUAGUCAGUGUUUGUCGUGUUGAUUUGCAUCUUCUAAGGAGUUGGCUGGUAAUUAAAUAAAAGAGAAUUUUAGGCCUGCAGAACAGCUCUGAUACAGAACCUUGUGAACAUGAGGCUUGCAAGGCUGCUGGAAGCUCUCUGCCAAAAGUGACACUUAGCAACAGCAGGCAGCAUGUAAAGGCAGGAGGUUUAUUUUUUUCUAUAUGUUUCACUUUAUGUAAAAUACAUAUAUUUGUUUAGAGACAACAGUCAUGAUUUUUCAGCAGUCUUCUUUCAUUUCUCAUAUUGUCAGAGGACAUACAUGUGUAACGAAGGCUUUUACUGUGCUAAAUUAAUUGAUUAAAUUUCUACACUCGUG